ACAUGGCGACCUCCGCCUUGACAGGGGGUGGUCUCUCACACUUCAGGCGCUUUAUUGGACAGAUUCAGUCAAGUUUGCUCCGUCCAGGUCAGGCGUUAUCCCAAGCGUCCUGUCUUCAUGCCUCUGCAGCGCUGAACGGUAGACAGUGGGAGAGAAAAAAUCGCAUUUUGUAUCCACCGCAGACGAAAGAUGAGCCGCGCAGACCAGCUGAGAUAUAUCACUGCAGACGACAGAUAAAGUAUAGCAAAGACAAGAUGUGGUACUUGGCAAAGCUGAUCAGAGGCAUGACGAUCGACCAAGCACUUGCUCAGCUCGAGUUCAACGAUAAAAAGGGAGCUCAAGUGAUCAAAGAGGUCCUUUUGGAAGCCCAGGAAAUGGCCGUUAAGAAUCACAACGUUGAGUAUAAAUCCAAUUUGCACGUUGCCGAAUCCUUCUCGGGCAAGGGCAAGUACCUGAAACGCAUCCGUUACCAUGGCAGGGGCAUGUUUGGCAUCAUGGACAAAGUGAAUUGCCAUUAUUUCGUGAAGCUGGUCGAGGGGCCUCCACCGAAGCAGGAUCAAACCACGGGCUUUGACCUGGCAAAGGAGUACGUGGACCAACUGAAGAACCGCACGGUCAUCUGUUCGUUGUGAUGUUGUUUGUAAUGUGAUUAAGUUAGGGAUG